AUGAUAAAACGGCUCGACGUGUUAAUCGUCGCGAUUUGCAUAUCGGUCUGCGCUCGCUGCUCGCGCGGUAUACACGAAGACGCGAAGCUGAACUUCACCUCGUUGGCUGCGAAAUACGGGCACAGAGUGGAAGAGCACCACGUGGUCACCGAGGACCAGUAUGUCCUUAAACUGUUCCAUGUCGUCGGCGACGCGCGGCGGCCGGUUCUCCUCGUCCACGGGAUGGUGGACAGCGCUGACACGUUCAUGAUCCGCGGCAACGCUUCCCUGGCCAUCGCUCUCGUCAACAAUGGCUACGACGUUUGGGCGUUCAACGCUAGGGGCAACAGGUACUCCAGGUCCCACCGCCGGCUCAACCCCGACGUCGACAUGCGCUUCUGGGACUUCAGCUUCCACGAAAUGGGCUACUACGACCUGCCCGCGGCGAUCGACCACGUCCUGGGGCGAACGAAGCAGCCGCAGCUGCGCGCCAUCGGGCACUCGCAGGGCAACACUGUCUUCUACGUGUUGGGCUCGACCCGUCCGGAGUACAACGAGAAGAUAAAGGUCAUGAUCGCUCUUGCGCCUGUCUGCUUCCUGGAGCACGUGAAGCCGCCCGUGUCUACGCUGCUGGAUUCAUUUCCCGUCUUCGAUCGAGUGCUACGCCUGUUCGGUAUGGAAGAAGUGUUCAAUGACCGUUCACUGGUGAGGAGAGUGUUCGAGGCGGUGUGCAGCGCCGGCGCUGUGAGCUACGACGUGUGCGGCCACGGCCUCAUAUUCGCCAUCAGCGGGAGCGACCCCGCCGAGUUCGAGCCGGAGUUCUUGCCGGUCGUAGUCGCCCACUAUCCCAGCAGCACGUCGAGGAAGAACGGCGUCCACGUGGGCCAGGUGGCGAGGCGAAAGCGCUUCGCCCGGUACGACUACGGGCCGAGGGGCAACGCGGCCGUGUACAACGCAUCUGUUCCGCCCUCGUACGAUUUGGGCAAGGUGAGCAUGAGGAUCGCCCUCUUCGCCAGUCGCAACGACGCCAUCUCCUCCAUACGCGACGCCGAAACCCUGAGGGACCGUCUGCCGAACGUUGUCGAUUACAAAGUGCUCAAAUACAAGCGCCUCAAUCAUUUAGAUCACGUCUGGGGCCGGAACAUGCACAAGUAUCUGUUCCCGUAUAUAUUUUCAACGUUAAGUGCGUACGAC